UAACAUGCCAGUGUCACAACUAAAACCAAAAUUAAUUUGUGCAGCAGGUGCUUGAUUUUAUUUUCAAGAUUAUAGAUUUCAAGUUUCACGUUAUUAUAUAGCCGUCUUGUUGUAUAACUCGUGUGUUUUUAAAUUUCAUUGUAAAAAAUGUAUUUCGUGUCAAACAUUGUAAAAGUUACCAUCCCAAAUUAUUUAGCGAGCUUACCAAUCCCGGAUUCUUUCGGAGGCUGGUUCAGACUGGGAUUCCGCGAUUGGUUAGCCCUAGUCCCUCCAACUGUGGCUAUUGGUGUCAUAUCAUAUUACUCUUAUAUCACAAUCAAGAAAGCCAACGAAGCUGGCAAUGGACAGGUGAACCCUGGCAUCAGAAAGGACAUCAAUAAAGUUGUAGACUUCAUUGACAUUGAGGACAUCACUGAGAAGGUUUCAUUGUGCAGAUGUUGGAGGAGUAAAAAUUGGCCGUACUGCGAUGGCGCUCAUGGGGCUCACAACAAGGCUACAGGAGACAACACCGGUCCAGUUGUUGUUAAACAUAAGGAAAACAAGUAACCACACCAACAAGUAACAGAUAGACAAGCAAUAGACACAAGGCCAUUUGGAUUUGUAAUGAAUUUUAAAAGUAACAUUCUAUUAAACUUUGUAUUUUUCCAAAAAGUUAUACUGAAAUGUUAUCAAUAAAUAGUUCUAUCUUUUUCUUAAUGUAGCGUUAUGAUAAAGACGUGUAUACCAACCAAUCAUUUAUUUUAACAAAAAUGGUGGUGGCUGAUUGGCCAAUUCAGUGAUUUUAUACUUGAGUAAAAAUAUAAAUAAUAUUUGUAAUAAAGAAUGUUUGAUGUAAGUUGUGAUUUUAAAAUUGCUGCAAUUUUGUUAUAUUGUGGCUAAAUUACCUUGAAGUGUUGUUUGACCUCCCUUUUUAAUUUACACUAGAUUUAAUGUUAGUUUAUUCAGUAUAUAUACAUAGUUGAUAAAUUUACAGUAAGUAAUUUUAAAUUUGUGGACUUUAUAUAAAAAAAUACUAUAUUUGUUCAUAUUGACGGCCUCCGUGGCGCAGUGGCAUGUGCGGUGAAUUAUUAAGACGAAGGUCCUGGGUACUAUAGCCUGCUGGGGCGAUUGAGGUUUUCUUAAUUGGUCCAGGUCUGACUGGUGGGAGGGUUAGGCCGUGGCUAGUUACCACCUUACCGGCAAAGACGUACCGCCAACGUAACGUACGUUUAACGUUCUGGUACAAUGUUGUGUAGAAACCGAAAGGGGUGUUUUAAUCCUCCUCCUAACAAGUCAGCCCAUUUUCAUAUUAGAUUGCAUCAUCACUUACCAUCAGGUGAGAUUUAUAGUCUAAGGGUUAACUUGUAAAGAAUUAAAAAAAAUAUAACUUUAAUAUUUUGUUGACAAACGCUACGGUACAACGGCGUCGCCAAAAAAACGCUAUAAAAAAUAUUUAAAUAUGUACUUUUCUUCUUUGUUGCAUGUUAUAAAAAGUACUUAAAAACAUUUUACAACGCUACUGAACGAAAAUCUUUGUAUUUGUUAACUUUAAAUCUUAUUUGAUUCAUUAGAAAUUCAUAUGGCCUACUACUUAUACAAACCUCAAUGUAGAGAUAAUUAAACAGGUGAUAAAUUGUGAUUGGAAAAAGCUAUAAGCACACUUGAUAUAUUGAAUCGAUUUGUUACAUCAUAUUAAUCCCGCAUAGGCAUACGUAAUUAUAAUGUUACAAGCAAAAAACUUUGUUAAGCGUAAAAUGUACACAUUUUAUGAUAUAAAACUUUUUUUUUAAAAUUUGAUAUCGGCUUAUUUUACUCGUGUUUCUAACAUUAGAAAAGGGUUUGCUUAAUCUGGGGAGAAGUAGCAUAGAAAAUGACAUCAUACUUCAGUCUAGUAUGCCAUGGAUGUUGUUGGUGUUGAAAUAAAGUUGAAAAUCAAUUAACACCAAUUUAUUAGUACCUAAUCUUUAAUAAAAUGUCAUUAUCUCGGGGAGAUUAGAUUGUUUGAAUGAGUUUAAUGCUUCAGCCCAGCAUCAUUGAUUAAAUAGGCCUAAGCCUACAUAUCUACAUACCAAUUUGCGAGAAGACAUAAUCUGCAGCAACAUGACUUUUAAAUAUGUAGGUAAUAAAGUUAUUUUUUUAAAUAUAAAAGCGUAAGCAAUUAAUUUCAGAUUUUAUUAUUCGUCUAUUGACAUACAUCAUAUGAAGGGUGAUUGACCAUUUUGGGUCCAUUUUUUUACAGCAAAGAAAAUUACGGAAAAUUCUUCAUUUAAUAAUAACUUUUUUUUGGAAAUGUGUGUUUUUGAAACCGUGCAUUUUAUAAUGAUGAUAAUAAUUAUUGCCCAUAUCUUGAUUUUUCAAUAAAACUGAAAUUAAACCAGUCUAAAACUGAUAUUAUUUAUUAAAUGAUACUAAUUUGGACAUUGUAACGGUUCAUUCAUUAAAUUUGGGCCCAUUAAUGUAUGAAAAAUAGUCGAUCUCCUUUAUCUGAUAUUCUUUAAUAAUGACCAUUGUACAGAGAACGCGUUUUAUUUAUGAAUUCAGUUGAUAGCUUUUAAAUAUCGAUGUAUAUUAGGUAGAUAUAUAAAAGUUAUGACGAAGUUGAAUCAGCAAAGUUGAUUGGUGUACAAUCAACCAUACAUUGGAAAGAUUCUUAAUAAAUUACCAUAUAUUUUUAAGAUUCUAGAUACGAAUUGAACAAAAGUGAGUGAACAAACGCCUCACUUGCGUGAAAACACGCUUAAGUACCAUUUCAAGUGGAUUUAUAUUUUGUAGUGUUGUUAUCACUUAGAUAAGUAUAACUUAGUUCUCAAUUUACAAUGUUUACCUACAUUUUUUUAAACUGUGUUUUACUUUUAUAUUUAACAUAUAUUUUUCGUGUUACCUAUGGAAUGUUGUUACUGGUAUAAAAUGGGCAAUCGUAAAUAAAAUUUGCAUUUGUGUCGCUUUUA